AGCAUUCCCCCGCGGUGCUACAGGCUGGAGCUGUGGGGUCUGGUCGCCGUGGGGGUCCUGGGGCUCUGCUUCCUGCUCUACCACGACAACUGGCUGCAGCCCAGCAUGGCCCCCAAGCUCUACACCCCCCCCAGCCCCCGGGCAAUCCCCACGCUCUCCACGCCCCAGGCUCUGCCCACCCCUACCCCGUGCGUGGCCAACGCCUCGGUGCACAAAAUUUCCGGCUUUGACAAAUUGCCCGGCCACAUUCAGGACUUCAUGCGGUACCAGCACUGCCGGUUCUUCCCAGUGCUGCUCGGCGUCCCCAGCAAGUGCGGGGGGCCCGAGGGGUCCUCCAACAUCUUCCUCAUCUUGGCCAUCAAGUCAUCACCAGCGAACUAAGACCGGCGGCAGGAGCAUCGGGACGUGCUGCAGUGGGACUUCAGGGACACCUUCUUCAACCUGACGCUGAAGCAGGUGCUUUUCCACGCCUGGAUGGAGGAGCACUGCCCCGGCGUCCACUUCAUCUUCAACGGGGAUGACGACGUCUUCGUCAACACGGACAACGUCGUCCGCUUUGCGAUGGCCACCCAGGGCACCCAGGAGCAGCACCUCAUGGUGGGGCAUCUCUUCACUGGCAACAGGCCCAUCCGAGCCCAGCACAGCAAGUAUUUUAUACCCACACAACUCAUGGCCUCCGAGCGGUACCCGCCCUACUGCGGCGGCGGUGGGAUUCUCAUGUCUGGCUUCACCGCCCACGUCAUCGCCCAGGAAUCACGGGGCAUCAGCAUCUUCCCCAUCGAUGACGUCUACCUGGGUAUGUGCUUGGAGAAGGCAGGGCUCCCGCCCGCUUCCCAUGCCGGCAUCCGGACCAUGGGCAUAUGGGUACCGGCCAACAGCAAUCCCUUCGAUCCCUGCUACUACCGGGAGCUGCUGCUGGUGCACCGCUUCCUGCCCUACGAGAUGGUGGUGAUGUGGCAUGCCGUCCACGAGCCCCAGCUGCUCUGCGGCAAGAAG